AUGCUCUCUCUUCCCCUCGACAUCCAAUAUUGUAUCAUCCCAUUCGCCGACCCAAUCACUCUGAUCGCCCUCAGCCAGACCAACGCCCAUCUGCGCCGUUUAAUUAGCCCAACGCGGGUCCAUUUCGUCGAGCGCCUCCUCAGUCUAGAAUACGCUUCUGUGUCAUGCGAAUGGGAAGCCAGACGAUGGGCGUGUACCUCGUGUCUGCGUCUGCUGCCGCACUGGCAUUUUAACAACCAUUCUCUCUUCCAGCAGCGAUACCAACCGAGAGAAACCACCACCAGCUGGGGGAGACAAGGGAAGAAAUCUCAGCCACACUCUGAAAACACCGAUCAGCGUCAUAUCCGCCGAUGCAAUGAGUGCCGAUUCCAGCGCGGGGAAUUCCACGGUUUCACCCGCGGGACCAUCGCCGUCCCGAUCGUGAUCGGCCACCAAGAAGCGUUCGGGACCGUUGUGGACCGGUAUUUCCCCCGUUUUUCAAAUACGCGCCCGGCAUACAACGCGCCUGUAUUUGCCGUGUAUCGCGACGGUGCCACCGACCGACUGUGGACGCUGUACCGAGUGCGAUGCCCCGGAUGUUGUCGCUGGAAGGAACUGCGCGCCUUUCGCGUAGGGGGCAGUUAUCCCCGCUGGGAGCCGAUUGCGAUGACACCCCCCGAUCGACAUGAUGAGUACUGGAACUGGGAUGAGGCGGCGAUCACUCCUGCCCUGCUGAAUGCGAUGCGGUGUAACCACUGCUUCCUGGCGAGGCACGGCAGGCCGGCCCUCGCCUGCAAGCUGGAGACGUGGCUUUGCUACCUGAUCGAUCAGGAGUUGCAUGAACAGGGAGCCAAUCUGACGACCGGGUGGAAGACGCUGCUGGGGAACUUGCGCUUCCUCCUUGACCAUCCGCUCAAGAACGAGAUCAGGAAUCUGUUGUCCGAUAUCCGCCCGGUCUGCGAGAAGCAGUGCAUGCGCCUCACCCACGAGGAUGUUGCGUUAUUGCAUCUGCGCCGGACGCAGUUCUUGCUGCUGUGGGAGCAGAUCCAAGAGAAUCUGUGGUUCAGACGCGAUCGCUGGUUUGAUGCCUGGUUGCAGCCUGGAUAUGAGCACACUGAGGGCAUGCAGUGUAAGCAGGAUGUGGAUGGGGAGGAAUUGGUGGAUUAUGUUUUAAAUACUUGA